AAAAAAAAAAAAGGAGAAAAAAAAAGCCGGGCUUUGCCUCGCUCCGGCAGAGCAGAGGGCUGCGAGGGCUGCCGGCCAUCUGUCCGCGCAGGGCGGCACGGCGGGAGCUGCGCCGGGGCGGCGGGAGCGGAGCCGCUCCGCAGGUGGGUGCGGGCCCGCGGGGGGCGCCGGCCGGGCCGGGCGCUGCCCUCCCGGGGGGCGCGGGGCUCUUUGUGUGCGGCGGGCCGGGAGCCGAGCGGGCCCGAGCGGCCGCGCUGCCGGCCCGGGACGGGCAGCGCCGGGCCGAGUCGGGAAAACUCCGGUUGUACAAGCCCGAAACCCAACAAGUUGCGGUAGAAGUGCUCCGUGCGGAGAUGGGGCGGGUUUGUCCGCCGCGCGAGUGAGCGGCGCUGAGGGAGAUCCGUGAGGGACUGUCAGUCGGGACAGUGGGCUGCCCUCGGGUGAGGAGCCCCGCCUGAACCGGGGCUCCGGCGCUCGGAGGCGGUAAGAUCGUCCGGAGCCUGCUCGGUGUGUGUCCGUGUGCCCCCGGUUAAUGGUUUCCUGCAAGUUUAACGUGGAGCGGGGAGAGGCCGAGGAAGACCACAGGGGUUGCGGCGGGAUUAGGAAGGCAGAGGUUGAUUGAGUGAAUAGAAGAAAAAAAAAAAAAAAAAAAAAAACGAAGCUACUUUCAAGUAUUGAAGAUACAAAGCCAGGAUGAACACGAAGGACGGAAAAGUGUCUGAAGGAGGUCUCAAUGUCACUCUUACCAUACGCCUUCUCAUGCAUGGCAAGGAGGUUGGAAGCAUUAUCGGAAAGAAAGGUGAGACAGUGAAGAAGAUGAGGGAGGAGAGUGGUGCACGAAUCAAUAUUUCAGAAGGCACUUGUCCAGAGAGAAUUGUGACAAUAACAGGCCCAACAGAUGCAAUUUUUAAAGCUUUUUCUAUGAUUGCACUAAAAUUUGAAGAGGACAUCAACGCUUCGAUGACGAACAGCUCGGUGACAAGCAAACCGCCCGUAACGCUGCGGCUCGUCGUCCCAGCAAGUCAGUGUGGAUCCCUCAUAGGAAAAGGAGGUUCCAAAAUCAAAGAAAUCCGGGAGUCCACAGGAGCCCAGGUGCAGGUGGCAGGGGACAUGCUGCCCAACUCAACGGAGCGCGCGGUGACCAUAUCCGGCACUCCCGACGCCAUCAUCCAGUGUGUGAAGCAGAUCUGCGUGGUGAUGCUGGAGUCCCCACCCAAAGGUGCCACCAUCCCCUACCGUCCCAAACCUGCCUCUGCACCUAUCAUUUUUGCAGGUGGCCAGGUAAGAGCAGACACCAUUUUGGCUUCAGCUGGAAACCACACCGUCCUGGCCCAGCCUCAGCCAGCGCCUGCGUUCACGAUUCAGGGGCAGUAUGCCAUCCCUCAUCCAGACGUGAGUCCAGCACAUUUGACCAAGCUUCACCAGUUGGCUAUGCAGCAUCCCCCCUUUACUCCCCUUGGGCAGACCACCCCUGGUUUCCCUGGACUGGAUGCCACUACUCCAACCAGUUCCCAUGAACUUACUAUUCCCAAUGAUUUAAUAGGCUGCAUUAUUGGCAGACAAGGCAGUAAGAUAAAUGAAAUCAGGCAGAUGUCAGGAGCGCAGAUCAAGAUUGCUAAUGCCACAGAAGGCUCCGCAGAACGACAAGUUACAAUCACAGGAUCCCCUGCAAACAUCAGCUUAGCACAGUACCUCAUUAAUGCAAGCAUAUACUUUCUCAAAUCUGAAUGUCUGGGAGAUGCUAUGCAAUCAAUGGUCCACGCAUAACUGAGAAGAUUCCUCCUAAGCUGAAGAAUUAUCUGAAUGGCUUAUGCUAGCAAAAUGUAUCCACCACCGCUUUUGUAUGAACAUUCGCUCUGUUUAUAGUGCUGACUGCUUUAAAAUGAGCAAUGAUACAUUUUUCUGCACCACUUUUCUCAGCAGCUGACAUAUGAGUAACUAUUUACAAUUAAAAUAAUUAAAAGUAUAGCAAAUACUCUAGGGGAAGACUGAGAACACCAGGUAAUGUUUAAAUUGUACACAAGGGCAGAUAAACACCUGCUGCAGGAAGACUUUCCAUGCAAUGGUAAACAGUGAAAAAUUGAAGUACAGAAAAACUGGCCAAUUUAUGUGUCUCAAAACUCUUCUGUCACCUUCCCAGAUUUUGGAGUUCCUUUCCAGUGCAUUUAAAUUAAACAUGAAAUCCAGGUUACCUACACUUUAUAGAUAUGUUUUUAAAAAGACACACAAAUGGGUAGUGUUUUUAAAAGUUAAAGUAUGAAUAUAGAGCUAAAGAAGAGCCCAUAGUUGUGUCAUGUUUGGAUACAGGACACUAAUCUGAGGUAUAUGCUAGCUAAAUAGUAUUUAAAUAAAAUACAGUGUAACAAAUGAAACUAGAUACAUAUGACUGGAUCUUGAUUAAAAGUUUUCAUCUUAAUUUCAUUUAAGUGGAAAAUACAAGAACCCUUUGCUCAUUUAUAAAGUGCAUUUAACCACACACUGCAUUGAAACAAACAGCUGACAAAUGCAGAUGUCAGCCAUUCUGCAGAGCUGCAUGAAACUGUUGUUUUCCUUAUUGUGUAUAGUAUUUAGAAUCAAUAAAUAUAGAUUCCAUUA